GCAAAUUGUUCCCCUCAAAGUAAUGACGUGUGGCGCGGGCGCAAUGCAUUGUGGGUGCCGGUGGAAACAGAAACCAAAUAGCCGCUCGGUUACUGUUUCUUUAUUUUGAACUGGACGCUGAAAGCUCAGCCAUUGAAUCUUUGACACGGCCAUGUCUUCAACAUCCCAAAAACAUAAGGAGUUCGUGGCUGAGCCCAUGGGUGAGAAACCUGUCAUGGCUCUGGCCGGCAUCGGAGAAGUCCUUGGGGGGAAGCUGGAGGAAAAAGGUUUUGACAAGGCCUACGUUGUCCUUGGGCAGUUCCUCGUUCUGAAGAAAGAUGAGGAGCUUUUCCGUGACUGGCUCAAAGAUACAUGUGGAGCAAACGCCAAGCAGCAGCGCGACUGCUAUGGCUGUCUUAAGGAAUGGUGCGACGCCUUCCUAUAAGCCCCGUUACCAAUCAUGUUGUUUUUCUAACUUGUGAAGUCUGAAAUGUACAUUACCUCUCCAGCAGUCAGUUCAGUCACAAGUAUUCGGUAGUUUUCACAAAAUAAGUAAAGUGACACGCACUCUUUUAAAUGCCAUUCAUUCUGGCCUUAUUUCAUUACUUUUCUCAUUAAGCUUGUAAGCCAUACAAUAAUGGCAGCUUGCAAUGUCUACUCACUGGUAAUUUUCUUAUUAUGCAAAACUAAUGGAUAAAUUUCAGCUGUAAAGAGCAGAACACUGACUUUUUCUCCUUAUGCUUGUGGGCUACUAAUAAGUCAGGUUGCAUUUGUGCUAGUUAUGCCCUAGCUGGGGCCUUUUAAAUGUUUUCACCACUGUGUUUUAUAAUAUAUAUAUAUA